AUGACAGAUUGUAAAACUGUCUUUACACCAAUGUCUCCUUCUACACGGCUCACGAAAUUUGUUGGCACCCCUAUGGAUGAUCCCACUUUAUAUUGGAGUACAAUUGGCGCUCUCCAAUAUGCAACUUUGACGCGCCUAGAUAUUCAAUUUGCAAUAAACAAGGUCUGCCACUUUAUGCAUAGUUUGACCACCGAUCAUUGGUUAGUCGUUAAGCGCAUUCUACGGUAUCUAAAGGGCACUAUGUCUCAUGGCCUUCUUUUUCAUCGUCAUACAACUUUAAGUCUUUCAGCCUUUUCAAAUUUAGACUGGGCCAACUACCCUGAUGAUCACAAAUCAACUGGAGGUUUUGCGAUAUCUCUUGGUUGGAAUCUCAUAUCAUGGAGCUCGCAAAAACAAGCAACUGUCGCUCGGUCAAGUACAAAAACUGAAUAUCGAGCCAUUGCCAAUGUUGUGGCUGAACUAACAUUGGAUCCAAUCCUUGCUCAAAGAGCUUAA